AUGGCAAAGGUAAAAGAAGAAGAACUUCCGCUCGAUGCCACUCCCACCCGUAUCAAAUACAGUAAACGGUCGGGACGACGAAUGAGAAAAAAGAUGGCGAUUGAGCGAGAGAGAUUGGAGAAGAAGAGACAGUAUUUGGAAUGGAAGACAAAAGAGAUAGAAUCACGGAAAUCAGGAAAUACGGUUACGAUUGGGACAGAUUUGUUGAAAAGAAUCAGAUUUCCAAGUGAAAGUGUGGAUGGAUACGUUCGAACGGAUAAGCCGAAAAAGAAGAAAACUGUUAAACCGAAUAGUUGUGAUAAACCGAUAAAGAAGAAGAAAAAAAGAGACGACAAGGGUCGAAAAUCUCAUCAAGGAGAUUCACGAGCAGUCAACACAGGCGGUCCAACUGGAAAUCAAUCCCAAAAUACUCCAUUCCAACAGGCGCCAGCACUCAACGGUGGUGGUGGAGGCAGUGGAAUGAAUGUGGGAUCGGCUGGAUUCGGUGGUGGACAGGGUGGUGGAUAUGGUGGUGGUGGACCCCAAUUCGGAAAUGGAAAUCCGAUGGAGUCACUCUCAUUCCAAGGCAAUCCGCAAUUCAAUGAGCAAAGUGUUUCGGAAGUUAUGCAGGCAAUGCAGGUUCUCGCCAAUCACAACAUCUUACGGCUGGGUUUCGGUGUCGGCGUCGCGGCGAUGGCUCAAUCGCGUACCGGACAGGAAUCUCAGAUGACAGCGAAUCACGGAUCGGCUGGCUUCGGUGAUGGAUACGGUGGCGGUGUGCAGGGUGGUGAGGGAGGAAGACCACAAGGAGAUCAGUUUUCUUGGCUGGUUGAUAUGAAGAAGGUAAAAGAAGAAGAACGUCCGGUCAAACUCACUGCCGAUGGCAGAAGAUACAUAAAUCUGGUAAAACGGAAGGAAAAGAAACAGAAAGAAGGGAAACAAGCGAAAAAUUGUGAUCAACCGAAGAAAAAGAAGAGAAAAGUGGACAAAGAAGGUCAAAAAUCUCAUCAAGGAGAUUUAGGAGCAACCAACACAGGCGGUCCAAUCGGAAAUCAAUCCCAAAAUACUCCACUCCAACAGGCGCCAGCAGUCAACGGUAUUGGUGGAGGAGAAGGUGGAAUGAAUGUGGGAUCGGCUGGAUUCGGCGGUGGACAGGGUGGUGGAUAUGGUGGUGGAGGACCACAGUUCGGAAAUGGAAAUCCGAUGGAGUCACUCUCAUUCCAAGGCAAUCCGCAAUUCAAUGAGCAAAGUGUUUCGGAAGUGAUGCAGGCAAUGCAGGUUGGUUUUGGUCUCGGCGUCGCGGCGAUGGCUCAAAUGCGUACCAGACAAGAAUCUCAGAUGACAGCGAAUCAAGGAUCGGCUGGUUUCGGUGAUGGAUACGGUGGCGGUGUGCAGGGUGGUGGACCACAAGGAGAUCAGUGGCAACUUGUGAUGGCGAAGGUAAAAGAAGAAGAAGAAAAAGCACCCGAAACCACUCCCACCAGAAAAAGAAAUAGGAAAUCUGCGAAAAAACGAUGGCGAAAAAAGAUGGCGGUUGAGAGGGCUCGAUUGGAAAAGAAGGAAAAGAAGAGACAGGACUUGGAAUGGAAGACAAAGGAGAUAGAAUCACGGAAACCGGGAAAUACGGUUACGAUUGGAACAGAUUUGUUGAAAAGAAUCAGAUUUCCAAGGGAAAGUGUGGAUGGAGAAGUUCGAACGGAUAAGCCGAAAAAGAAGAAAACUGUUAAACCGAAUAGUUGUGAUAAACCGAUAAAGAAGAAGAAAAAAAGAGACGACAAGGGUCGAAAAUCUCAUCAAAGAGAUUCGCCAGCAGUCAACGGAGGCGGUCCAAUCGGAAAUCAAUCCCAAAAUGCGCCAUUCCAACAGGCGCCAGCGUUCAACGGUGGUGGUGGAGGAGGGGGAAUGAAUGCGGGAGCUGCUGGAUUCGGCGGUGGACAGGGAUGUGGAUAUGGUAGUGGUGGACCACCGUUUGGAAAUGGAAAUCCGAUGGAGUCAUUCCCAUUCCAAGGCAAUCCGCAAUUCAAUGAGCAAAGUGUUUCGGAAGUGAUGCAGGCAAUGCAGGUGGUUUUCGGACUCGGUGUGGCGGCGAUGGCUCAAAUGCGUACCGGACAAGAAUCUGAGAUGACAGCGAAUCACGGAUCGGCUGGCUUCGGUGAUGGAUACGGUGGCGGUCUGCAGGGUGGAGGACCACAAGGAGAUCAGGUUAAACGACUACUUGAUAUAUAUGUCAAUAAUUUUGCCUAA